AUGAAGUUAGGAACUAUUUUGGUCGCGGUUCUUCUAGUUUGUACCAACGCUAAUACACAAAUUCCAAAGGUCAUUGGUGGUCUACGGUUAAAUAAAAGAAACGCAAGUAACACGGAGGUAACGCUGACAUGUGCAUUGAGUUUCUUGAACGAAACAGUAGCCUGGAAUUACAACGGAGAAGAAAAGUUUUCUUGCGAUUUUCCGUACGCUGCUGGGGCGUGUACGGAAGCGGAGAACUUCUCCGGAAACGUCGACACCUACAAGAACGUAGUAACUAUACGUUUCUUUGCUGUGGAAGAGAGGAUAGGUGGCAAUUGGACCUGCGUUAGUGGUGAUAAUACGUCUACACCGUUUGUGAUUGACGCCGGAUGCAAAUUGGAAAUAAAAAAAAAUGAGACGAACUUUGAUCUCAAGGCGAAAGAAGGUGACAAAUCCGCUUUGAUGAGCCUUGUGUACACCGGGAAGCCUGUUCCGCAAUUUACUUGGUACCGGGAAGACGAAGAAGGGGUGGAAUGGCCCAUCACCAAUUAUCGAACAAAGCAAGAUGCGUUCGAUUCAUGUAACCUCGAUAUCCCAUGCAUGAGUCUCCGAAUCUUUAACCCUAUAAAAGCCGAUUCUGGAAACUACACCAUACGUGUUAAUGAAACCACUUCCGGUUUGAUGGCAUCAUACAGAUUUAACUUUAUCGUGACCCUUCCCGAAGCGAUCGUACCCAUCUUACCGAACGUUGUUCCGGGUUGCGAAGCCGUUCCGAAUUUUUCAUUCGGAGAAGGAAUCGGGGUCGGAAUGGCAAUCGCAAUCUUUAGCAUGUUCUUCAUAGCCGGUGUCGUUUACGGAUGUCGGGACUCGUAA